ACGUUUGCUUAUUAAUAAUUGUGGUGGUUCUGUUGGUGUGUUGAAACCAGUGCAAAUGAGUACUAUAGAAGAGGAUUACAAGCCUCCAGUAGAAUUUCAAGUGGAUGCCAAGGACCCUCUUGUUGACAUCUCUUUGACAGAUUCGACUGAGCUUUGGCUCAUCCAAUGGCCGAUUAAUCAACCUCCUGAUUUUGAUGGGGAAGAGGUGUCACUAAAGCUCCAUAAUGAUGGACAUUUAGGCAGCUUUGAGAGUUCCUCUGGAAAAUCAUAUAAAUUGGUUAGCUUUGCAGCACAAGAACCAGAUGCUACAGUUUUCCUAUCCUCUCCGUCAGAGUCGAAAGCUGUUGGAAAGAUUUCACGGCGGGUUUCUUUAGUCCAUUACCCAGAACCUACAGAGUUGGAGAAACCCAUUUCUAAUCAUCCAAGCCGAUUGAGUCAGAGAUCGGGGACUUCCACCUAUACAUCCCAUCCCAUGGCAACUCCAACCCAUAGUAAGAAAGAGAGAGAGAUGGCUUUAGAGUUGCAGAAGAGGAAUGGAAUGUUCAUGGAGCAUCAUGCGCCGGAGGUGAUGGAGAAGGGAUUCAGUGGGAAGUCCAACUUGGAUGAUGAUGGUCGGGAAAAGCGAACUGGAACGAUGGUCACUGCAAGUGCUCAUAUAAUUACUGCUGUUAUUGGAUCGGGUGUUCUAUCGCUAGCCUGGGCGAUAGCUCAGUUAGGUUGGGUGGCCGGACCUGCUGCUCUACUAGCCUUCUCUGUUAUCACCUGGUUCACCUCCACUCUGCUCGCCGACUGUUACAGGUUUCCUGACCCUAUUUCCGGCCAGAGAAGCUAUACCUACAUGGAUGUUGUGAGAUCCAAUUUAGGGGGAAUGAAAUUUAAACUCUGUGGAUUGGCUCAGUAUGCGAACCUUAUAGGAACUACAAUCGGAUACACUAUCACUGCAUCCAUCAGUAUGGUGGCUAUCCAAAGGUCAAAUUGUUUCCACCAGAACGGUCAUCAAGCUCCUUGCUACACAUCGAAUUAUCCAUUCAUGGUGAUAUUUGCAUCCAUACAGAUCGUUCUUUCUCAGAUACCCAAUUUCCAUAAGCUCUCAUGGCUCUCCAUUGUAGCUGCAAUCAUGUCUUUCGCUUAUUCUUCAAUUGGAGUGGGUCUCUCCAUAGCAAAAGUUGCAGAGAAAGGGCAUCAUAUGAGAACAACCCUAACGGGGGUUACCGUAGGGGUAGAUGUCUCGGGUACGGAAAAGGUGUGGAGGACCUUCCAAGCCCUCGGAAACAUUGCCUUUGCCUAUUCUUAUUCCAUGGUCCUUAUCGAGAUACAGGACACACUAAAAUCAAGCCCGCCGGAAAACAAAGUGAUGAAGAAGGCUUCUCUCGUCGGAGUCUUGACGACCACCUUGUUCUAUAUGCUAUGCGGCUGCAUGGGUUACGCUGCGUUUGGGAACGAUGCACCAGGAAACUUUCUCACUGGCUUUGGUUUCUAUGAGCCCUUUUGGCUCAUAGACUUUGCAAACAUCUGCAUUGCAAUCCAUCUCAUCGGAGCAUACCAGGUGUUCUGCCAACCCAUAUUUGGAUUCGUUGAAAAUCGGUGCAACCAACGGUGGCCGGAAAACGGAUUCCUAACGAACGAAUAUGCCGUUAACAUUCCAUUCUACGGUUCAUAUUACAUCAACUUCUUCCGAUUGAUAUGGAGGACGGCAUACGUGAUCUUGACCUCAGUUCUGGCCAUGAUUCUUCCAUUUUUCAAUGAUUUCAUUGGAUUGAUGGGAGCUGCUUCCUUCUAUCCACUCACUGUUUACUUCCCCAUUGAAAUGCACAUUGCACAGGCUAAGCUACAGAAGUAUUCUUUAAGGUGGACAUGGCUCAAAAUACUGAGCUGGGCUUGCUUGAUUGUUUCAAUUCUUGCCUUUGCCGGAUCUGUUCAGGGUCUUGUGGCAGAUGUCAAGACCUAUAAGCCGUUUAAGAUAAAAAAUUAACUAUUAAUUAAUGUCUCUUUAUAUAUACUUAGAUUGUAGUUGAUCACCAAU